AUGCUGCCAAGUCGGGUAACCACAGCCCAAGCUCUCCACGGGGCUUCCAAGCCUUGGGUUUGGGACGGUGUCUCCUCGGAGGACGCAGCUACUGCGGAGUUCUCCACCGUCUCCCGGCUGCUCCCCACCCAGCCCACCCUCCCGGCAGCCCCGGACCACAACUCCCCAAGGCCCACGCCGCCGGGACCACUGGGCAGGUCAGAGGCGGUCAGUUCCAGCAAACUUCGGCCCGGGUCGGCUGUGGAAAGAACCGAGAGAUUCACCUCCUACCCGCACGCCUGGGCACCAGGACCCGCGGAGGAGGGGGACGGCCAUCGCUCUGCGCCCGCCCCGGGCCUGACCCAUCCUGCUCCCGCGGGCACACUCCCGGGGCCCCGGUGCUGGGGAGCGGCGGGCUUCCCCCCGCUUCUGCCGCGGGCCCCCAGCGCUGCCGACCCCGGUGACUCACCGGCCUCCCGGGAGGCUUUCCCGCGCGUGCCGGGCCCGCGCCCCGCCCCGGCCCCUGCGCGCGCCUGCGCGCUGCGCCCGGCCGUUGCCCCGGCUCGCCGUUCGAGUCCCGGGCUCGGCGUCGGCGCGGCCCCCCGGGACGUGGCCCGGGAAGGGAGGGCGGGGCCUCUGGCCUCGCCGGGGGCCGGCCGGGGACCCCGACCUCCCCCCGUACGGGCGCGCCGCCGGGGCCCGGGGACGCGGGCAGCGGGGUCCCGGGUGCGGGGCGCCGAGCUCCCCCGCCGGUCUCCCCGCGCGCCCGCCCGCCCGGCCGCACACGUGUCUCGGCGUCACGUCCGCGCGCGCCCCCGGGCCUGCGUCAGCUGCCGUUCCGCCCGACGCCGCGCGGACCUCGGAGGGGCGCGGGUGGCCACGCCGCCGGGCUGCGGACGCGCGGGAGGACAGGACCGCCCCGCCGCGCCCCGCCCCGCCGCCGCGCCCCGCCCCGCCGCCGCGCCCGGCUCCGAGCGCCUCGUCCGCGGCCGGGAAGCGAGCGCGCCCGGACGCCGUGGCCGGUUCCCGGGAGCCGCCGCCCGCGGGCGCGCCCCGCCGUGA